GCGCAAGGCAAGAGAUGGGACAGCAGCAGAUCCAGCCCAGCCCGCGCCACCAGACGAGGCACCGGGGAGCACCAGACGGACGCCAGGGACCCCGCUUCCGCGGGCGGGCAAGCGAUUGACAUGAAGCAUUGGCUACACCUUGUGGCCGCCCUCUUUGCUGUGGAAGCCAUUUGCGUACUUCCUUGCCACAGCGCCAAAGUCCUGCUGGUGCCCACCAUCGUCUUUGACAGCCACCUGCAUAACUUUGUACGGAUAGCAGAAGCGUUAAGCAGCCGGGGUCACGAUGCCGUCCUCCUCCUUCACGAAGGUCGAGUCAUGGAGCCUUUCCCCCGGGGCUACAGGGUGCAAGAUUACCAAGGGGUCUUCAGCACGGAAAGCGCCGAUGACUGGCUGCAGGAGUUGCUGAAGCGAAUCUUUGAGGGGAAGAUGACCUCCAUUCAGCUCUUUUCCAUCCUGGAGAAGUACCUGGAGAACUGUGACCUGAUACUGGGAAAUAAAACCCUUCUGCAGCAACUUCAGAGUGAGGACUUUGACUUGGUCUUGGUCGAUACCAACGAAAUGUGUGGCUCCAUUAUCGCCCACGUCCUAGGUGUGAAAUAUGUGGCGCUCUCCACUGGCUUUUGGUUUCCUGCUGAGAUUGGAGCCACUUCACCUGUGGCCUAUGUCCCCGAAUUUAACUCCCUGAUGACUGAUCAGAUGGGCUUUUUCGGCCGGACUUGGAACAUUGUGGUUUUCAUCAUCUCCCGUGUAGGCACCAGGCUGUUCAUCAUGCCCAAAUUUGACCGCCUAAUGGCAAAACAUGGGGUGGAGCCGCAGAAAUCCAUGAUGGAGAUUGUCCACGGCACAAGCCUCUUUUUCCUGUGCACCGAAGUGGUGCUUGACUUCCCGCGACCUUCGCUUCCCCAUGUGGUUUUCACCGGGGGGAUUCUCACAGAGCCUGCAAAGCCUCUCCCAGAGGGCCUGCGUCUCUGGAUGGAAGCCGCAGAUGCUGGUGUGGUCGUGGUCUCCUUUGGAAUCGGCAUACGAGUCCUGCCAAAAGACCUGGUGGAAAAGAUGGCCGGGGCGUUUGCUCGCCUCCCCCAGAAGGUUGUGUGGAGAUACUCUGGUCAGAAGCCAUAUAACUUGGGUGAAAACACACUGUUGAUGGAUUGGCUGCCUCAGAAUGAUCUGCUGGGUCACCCCAGUGUGAAAGUCCUUGUGAGUCACUGUGGCAUGAACAGUAUAUUUGAAGCCAUUUACCAUGGCAUUCCAGUUGUGGGCUUCCCUUUCUACGGUGACCAGUUUGAUAUUAUGACGCGAAUCCAGGCGAAAGGGAUGGGUAUCCUGGUGGACUGGAGCCGGGUAACGGAAGACAGCCUCUACCAAACACUGUCCACAGUAACGACUAACCCAAGUUUCCCCAAGGCUGCCAAGAAGAUCUCAGAAAUCCACCUUGACAAGCCCAUGCUUCCCCUCAACCGGACAGUCUACUGGAUGGAGUACGUCCUUCGCCACGACGGAGCUCCAUUCCUCCGCCCGGCUGUCUACAGGCUUUCCUUUUACGAGUAUUACUGCUUGGAUAUUUUGGCGGUGCUGCUGCUCUUUGUGGGAGCCAUCGUCUAUGUUGUCCACAGGCUGAGCUUGCGGUACAGAAGGUCCGAAGUCAACCCAGCACACCUGAAUGGCCACGUUUUGAAUGGGCACAUCUUGGAAGGGAAGAAAGUGCAGUAGGACUUACUUGGCCCUCAUCUGGUCUGAGUAGACUGUACCUCUCUGAAUAGAAUAGAUAAGGGCAGUGGUAAGGCCAAAAAUGGAUAAGGCUGGACUUUGUGGGAGCUUUGAGAUGGGAUCUGAGUCUGUGAAAUGCUGGAGAGGAGGACAUCCUCUUUGCCAUUCUCCCAUGCUAUGUAAGAUGGUGAGGAGAGAGCAGUGAUUAUGCUUUUUAGAGUGAGUGAGUGAGUGAGUGUGUGAGUAAGUGAAUGAGUGAGUAGCUGUGGAAUGCCACUGCCCCAUAUCCUGUAAGGAUAAAGGGAGACCCUUUAUUAUUAUUGCAAGGAAUCUGAAAAGUGGUGUUUUAAAAAUUUGUUUCAAACGGCUGGUACUCCUCGGCUUUCCUUGGCACACCGCACUCUUGCCAUUGUGUGAUACUCCAUCGUUGUUGUUUUUCUAAAAAAAUAAACCACAAAUGGCUUCCCUCCAACCAGAGUGCAGAUGCGAAUUUGAAGGCAGAAGCAGAUAUUUCAGGUUUGCGGUUCUUGUUGGGAUCGAGAUGCAACCGAAGCCAGUCUGCCCCAUCCUUCGCUUCAAGGGAGGAUCCCUCAUUCCUCAACGAGAACAAUCUAAAUUAUUGGGAGAAGUUGAGCAAGCAAGGUUCUGCGCCAAUAGAGCCAUUCAAAUAACUGAAGGAACGAUGCCCUUCCCUCCUACAUAUUAUACCUGCCUCUGAUUUCCCUGCAGGGAGUUGCAAGAAUAGUGAAGAGUCUUGCAGUAACUCCCAAGACUUGAAGGUGCCACAAGCCUGUUUAUUGGUUUUGCACAGCAUGCUAAGGCAGCAGUUGUGGUUGUGUUUUGGGACAUUUUCAUGGUUCCUUCUCAAGUUUUAGACGCCUCCCUUCUGCAGGGUUAUGGUUGCAUAACAAACGACAUCAGAAAGGUGGCAAUCUCUGUGUUUUUCCUGCCUCCAUCUCCAUUGUAAAGCCAGGCACUGUUGUGUGCCCCGCUCUCCAAGGUUGUCUUUUGAAGAUUCAUCAUUCCCCCCCCCCCAAAAAAAAUCUCCUAUACAUUCUUACUAGGCUACAAAAGAAGAAAAUACACAUUAAUAUACAUUUCCGAGCACAGUUCAAAGUGUUGGUGCUGACCUUUAAAGCCCUGAAUGGCCUUGGUCCAGUAUACCUGAAGGAGCAUCUCCACCUCCAUCAUUCUGCCCAGACACUGAGGUCCAGCACCGAGGGCCUUCUGGUGGUUCCCUCAAUUGCGAGAAGCCAAGUUGCAGGGAGCUAGACAGAGGGCCUUCUCGGUAGUGGCGCCCGCCCUGUGGAACGCCCUCCCAUCAGAUGUCAAAGAGAAAAACAACCACCAGACUUUUAGAAGACAUCUGAAGGCAGCCCUGUUUAGGGAGGCUUUUAAUCUUUAAUAGAUCACUGUGUUUUAUUUUUCUGAUGGAAGCCGCCCAGAGUGGCUGGGGAAACCCAGCCAGAUGGGCGGGGUACAAAUAAUAAAUUAUGAUGAUGAUGAUGAUGAUGAUGAUGAUGAUGAUGAUUUUGAUUAUAUUGCCAUCUCUGUUGGAAGGGAUCCCAAGGGUUAUAUAGUCCAACCCCCGGCAAUGCAGGAAUCUCAGCCCAAUCAUCCAUGACAGAUGACCAUCCAACCUCUGCUUAAAAACCUCCAAGGAAGGAGAGUCCACAACCUCCCUAGGGAGACGGUUCCACUGUUGAACGGCUCUUACUGUCAGAAAGUUCUUCCUGAUGUUUAGUCCAAGUCUCCUUUCUUUUAACUUGAAGCCAUUGGUUCGAGUUCUACCCUCCAGAGCAGGAGAAAACAAGCUUGCUCCCUUUCCCAUGGGACAGCCCUUGAGAUAUUUGAAGAUGGCGGUCGUAUCUCCUCUCAGUCUCUUCUUUUCCAGGCUAAAGAUACCGAGCUCCUUCAACCGCUCCUCAUAAGGCUUGGUUUCCAGACCCUUGAUCAACGUGGUCGCCCUCCUCUGCACAUGUUCCAGCUUGUCAACAUCCUUCCUAAAUUGUGGCACCCAGAAUUGGACACAGUAUUCCAGUUGUCGUCUGACCAGGCAGAACAGAGUGGGACUAUUAUUUCCCUUGAUCUGGACGCUAUAGUUCUGUUGAUGCAGCCUAGAACAGCAUUAGCUUUUUUUUGUUGCUGCAUCACAUUGUUGACUCAUGUUAAGUUUGUGGUCCACUAAGACGCCUAGAUCCUUUUUACAUGUACUACUAGUAAGCCAGGUGUCUCCCAUCUUAUAUUGGUGCAUCUGGUUCUUCCUGCCUAAGUGCAGAACCUGACAUUUGUCCCUGUUGAAAUAAGUUUUGUUAGCUUGGGCCCAGUUUUCCAAUCUGUUCAGGUCAUUUUGAAUUAAGAUUCUGUCUUCUGCGGCAUUCGUUACUCCUCCCAGUUUGGUGUCAUGUACACAUUCGCUGAGCAUCCCCUCAGUUCCUUCCACGAACUGGCACCAUGUUACCCCAAUAAGUGUUGAAACAAGACUGGCCGCCCCUGAUUACAAGCUCAUCAGUUUAAUCAUGAGCGUAUCGGACAGUGAUGAAUGGAGAGGAGCAUAGCAGCAGUGUAAUGGGUGACCACCACAAAUGCAGUGAUAACGGCUUUCAAGUUUCACUGUUCCUUGUGACGGAUUAGCGCAGUGAAAAUCGUAUUCUAUGACUGUUGGUCCAUCCCAAUAAACUGGUCAUCAUGCUACGUGCUGAUGCUGUGUGUGUGUGUGCAGGAUAUAUCUAAAUCAAUACAGCCCCCUCCCUCGAGGGUGUGGCUGUGGGUGCUAUCACAAAAGUGUAAAGUUUGAAAGAGAUGGUAACAUGGCCGUUCUUUUGAGCAAUCUGAAAUGAAAUUUGUAACAUAUAUCUGCCCGAUAGCUGGUGUUAAAUUCAAACUUCAGCUUAGUCCCUGCGCUUCUGCUGGGGUGGGAGGACAAAAAUGCAAAAAAAACCUUUUAAUGUGUACCUCGCCAGUGCCUUUUUUUUUAAAAAAAAAAAAAGCAUUUUGCCUUACUAAUGAAAUGUAUGUUGAAGCUGCUCCCAGUUUGACACUUUUGUUUUUACUGUUUUCGUAGAAUUGUAGAGUUGGAAGGGACCGCAAGGGUCAUCUAGCCCCAACCCCUUGCAAUGCAGGAAUCUUCUUUGCCCAGCAUGGGACUCAAACCCACAACCCUGAGAUUAAGAGUCGUAUGCUGUACGGACUGAGCUAUUCACUAUCUGCUUUUGUCCUGUGAGUUUGCCCUUCCUAGGCGUGGGGGUGGAAGGAAGGAAGAAACUUGCAUGCAGGGUAUCUGAAAAGUUUGUCCCAUUUAACCUCUUUUUCUUUAUCUUUAUUUCUCUCUUUCUCUUUCUUUUCUCUUCAUCCUUAUAUUGUAUUUAGAUCAAAGUCUUAGUUUGCACAAAAAAGGGAAAUAUAUUUAAUAUUAAAUUUUGUAAUUCUCUCUAUAAACCCUAAUAAAAUUUAUUCAAUGUGUGUGUGUGUGUGUGUGUGUGAGAGAGAGAGAGAGAGAGAGAGAGAGAGAGAGAGAGAGAGAGAGAGAGAGAGAGAGAAAAGUUUGCCACAGGGCCCACAGCAUUGAGACUAACCUCAUUGGUUUGUAAGUAUUUAUUUACUUGCCUUUGGUGUCCAAGAUGAAGGGCAAGUUGUACAGAAGCCAAUUAGACCAGCAGUUGACAGAAUAGAAUCCUCAGCCGUGCCUGAAAGCACACACUAUUCUGUCUCCUGACAUUUUCCACCACUGCCUACUUUGCAGUAUCCGCUGCCUGAGGUGUCUGUCUCCCUCCAAGCAGAGGCAGGACGGGGCCAGUCUUGUUCAUAUCCCUCCCUCCUUUCGCCAGGGUACCCAACCCCAGGCACCAACCAGACCCAGGCCUGCUUAGCUAACACUGCAAGGGAUUGGACGCAGAUAGCUUUAUGAAUUGCUUGUGUGUGAAUGAACUUGCUGUUCCGGUUUGCGUUCCCCUCCCAAUCAGGUUAUUAAGAACCUCACCUAGUCAUGAGGAAAAACUGCUUGCGGUGGCAGAUGGCACCCGAGAUAAUUGUGGUUACGGGAAUGAAGAAACAAAGGUGUGUGUGCGUGGCGUAGUCACAUUUGGGAGGAUAGUGGAACCUAAAUAUUAGUAGAAUUGUGUGCCAGUUCUGGAAGUGUGCGUAAUGUACCUAUUAAGAAGAGGGUUUUUUUGUAUCGUGGCCGGAAUGGAAUUUGUGCGCUUCGUCCUUUCUGCUUUCCGUUAGAUGCUUUUGAAAAUAAACAGCUGAGGUUUCGCCAUAGAAAUAAGUUGGGCUUUUUUGUUUUUUUUAAAAAAUAAAUGUUAUUUAGAUUUUCAGAUUUACAAACUAUCAUCAAGCAAACAAAUAUAACCAUUUCCACAAGUUCCCUUGGACUUCCCUUCUCCCUGACUGUGGGUAAUUUUGUUAACUUUUUCUCCUGCAUCUUCUCUGUCAAUCCAAUUCUAUUAAAUCUCCAAUAAAACCGUAGCCUGACUUUUAACUACAAGCGUCAUUCCAAUCCUACUAAUAAUCUUAAUUGUUUGCAAUGAUUAAAAAAUAAUUAUAUAUUUUCCCCAUUCCUUAUUAAAAUUUUGGUCUUCCUGAUUCCUAAUUCCUCCGGUCAGUUUUGCCAUUUCUGCAUAGUCCAUCAGUUUCAUAUGCCAUUCUUCUCUGGUAGGUGUGGUGGCUUGCAACAUAGGGAAUGUGCCGUAGUUGUGGUUUUGGAAAGACAGGCAGGGUGUAACUAUUUUAAAGAAAUGAGGUUCGUGGGAAACUUGGGAAGAAGCGGGCAAGACUUAGAAAUUUGCAUAAUUUACCACCUUGCUGAAACGAUUACUUGUCGAUGUCUGAUAGCAUGUGCAGAAUCCUGGGAAUAUUUUAGAGGAAGCACUUUACAGUGUUUUAACGUUUCAAUUGGGAAGCACCAAAUGCAUGUUCAAAGGCUAUUCUGAAAUAAGCAAAAGUGAGACUUGCAUAGACUUCAAACUGUGUAGGUAAAUGUAAUAUAACACCUUACCAAAUUGCACAUUCUCAAACUUCUCAAAUUUAUACUUGCAAGCCAUUCUGCAUUGGUUCAUCAGGACUACUUUUGCUGGUGCAGCAGAUAAUAUUCCAGUCUCCCUUUCUCAUUCCUGUUGGAAGAUCAGGAACUUUGCCGUUGAGUCUUCCUCCAUGUGAGGCACUCCCAACUGUACAUGAAGCAGGUUGCUGCAUCCAGGUUUUUCUUCUGAUACAAGCAACCAUGCAGUGAAUUCAUUGCAGUGAUAAUUUCUGUUCGUGUAGAGAUCAAAUUGCACUGUAUUCAAGUUCUGUACAGUCAUACCUCGGUUUAAGUACGCCUCGGUUUGAGUAUUUUCAGUUUAAGUACUCCGCGGACCUGUCUGGAACGGAUUAAUAUCCACUUUCCAUUACUUUCAAUGGGA